AUGUCUGCAUUCAACAAAUCCACAAGUGGAGCUGAUGUCGUCGCAGCCUUUCCAGAAGCUGUCCAGGGCAAGACAUGUAAGAGACCCAUGUCCACUUGGACUUGGUGUCUACUGACCUGGGCAAUAGUUGUCAUUACCGGGCCAUCAGCGGGUGGCCUUGGGGCCCAGACUGCCAUUUUUCUGGCUGCAGGAAAGCCAGCGGAGAUUCUCCUCCUCGGUCGCACUGAGUCCAAAGCUACUUCAGUCAUGGAGGAGAUACAAAAGAUCAGCCCUUCAACCAAGGUAUCCUUCAUCCACUUAGACUUGACGCGCUUCGAUUCCAUCAAGUUUGCUGCAGCAGAGAUUAAGAAACUCGUGAGCAAGAUCGAUGUACUCAUUAACAACGCGGGUAUCAUGGGCGUCAAGGAGUACACUCUCACGCCAGAAGGUCUCGAGUCCCAGUUCGGAUCCAACCACAUUGGCCAUUUUCUUCUUACCAACUUGCUCAUGCCUAGUAUUGAGACUGCUGGCAGAGGAGCUAGAAUAGUCAACGUAAGCAGUAAUGGAUACCAGCUUUCCGAGGUUCGUUUCAGCGACUAUGACUUUGACAACGGCAAGGCAUAUGAUCCGUGGCAUGCAUAUGGCCAAUCGAAGACGGCGAACAUACUUUUCACCGUUUCGUUGGCUUCCAAGCUCGCGCGAAAGGGGAUCUCCUCUUUCGUGGUCCAUCCAGGAGCCAUAUAUACCAACCUUGGCGCUCAUGUUGAGAUGAGCGAGUGGGCCACGGUUGGAAAAAUGUUUAACGAUCGAGGCUAUCCGUCUGUCGGUAUUAAUAAAAAUCUCGCUCAAGGUACCUCAUGCAUCCUUGUGGCAGCUUUGGAUCCAUCGAUUGAGAGUAACUAUCUCAGCGAUUGUGCCAUAGAAGAGACACCCGAUUAUGCCCACAAUACCGAGCUGGCGCAGAAAUUGUGGGCCCUGAGCGAGGAGAUCGUGGGCGAGAAAUUCCAGCUAUGA